AUGAAAACAUUACUUGCUCUCUUAUACAGCGCGACACUGCUACUUGGAACAAGCAACGCGACCCAAUUCCAAAACUUCUACCCAUUCUAUCAGACAACCUUGACGACCGAGAGGCCAGACUGCCAUGCAUACUACAAUGCCUCUAUCGGAGCCCACAAUACAUCCAAUCCAAAUACCUGCAAGCACAUGGCCGAAUGCUUACUCAAAGGUGCUGGCGAAAUUAAUAAAGGAGACUGGUCAUCUGCAACAGUGCUACUCGGCUUAACACCAUCUAUACUGGGAAUGGCGGCUCCUACGAUUGAGGAACGCCUGCAGCUGCUCAGAGAAAGGCCCAUACUGGGAUUUUUGAGCAUUAUUGCCGCCCCGUCGCUUAUGUUCUCAAGGCCCUGGAUAAGGCCAGACCAUCCCGACAAAAAACGAAUGAGUUGGAUUCGACAGCAUACCUAUGGAAGAGACCCCAACCCAUACUGGAUUGUAGUGCAAUAUCUCUCCGUGGCUCUUGCCGCUGCGAACGUUAUUGAAAACACAAUCAGACUUGGGAAUCAGACAAUCAUUAGCUGGAAAUGCAACAUGACAUACCUUGAGCUUGCAUGGGCUUUACUAGCGCCAGUACCGCCUCUCGUUGCGCUGAUACGGUACCUUCGCCCCUUCGCAAAGAAGCCCAAAGAAGAUGAGGAUCUAGAAAAGGACGAGGAUCGCAAAAUCCAUAGAAAUUCCGAACACGUUAAGGCGUCAGAAACGGGUGAGGCGACAGAAACGAGUGAGGCGACAGAAACGAGUGAGGCGACAGAAACGAGUGAGGCGACAGAAACGAGGGAGGCGACAAAAACGAAGGAGACGUCUGAAAAGACGAAGGCGUCCGAUGACCAAGUGGACUUUUGCGAAGGGCUUCUUGAUUCCUUUACGAACAUUUGCGGUCUUGUUCAUGUUGUGUUUGGGACAAUAGUGCUUUCCUCAGUCCAAUUUAUCGGCACUUUGGAUGCACUGGGGGUUGUGGGUCGUUUUACAGCAUCCGCACUCAUUGUUCAAUUUAUCACGAUGACCCAGCUCUAUGGCGAGCCCGAUAAUUUAGCGAAGCCGAGGUUUGAAGAGAGGGUAUACGGAAUGGACGGCAAUGAGCUUGAGAAGGGAGAAGGGAGAAGGGAGACAACCGAGCAACGGUGA